GAUCAUUAAAGCUACCGCUGGCCAGUCAAACUUUCACGCUCGGUGAUAUCCAAGCUUCGUGCGUCGAAACGCGUCGAGUCUCAAGGUCUGCGAAAAUCGAUCGACCGAUUUUUUUCGCUCGAGCCCCUGCACCUGGGCCUAUUAACCUCGUUUUCGCUAAAUCGAAAUUUAACGGAAGAUAAAGGCGAGAUAAAUUUUCGAAAUACGAAAGCAGUGAAUGUGAUUCGAUCGACUCGCUAAACAAUAAGAAUCUUCGCUAUAGAGCGACGUUGAAAAAUCUGCCAACUUCGUUUUCGCUGAAUCGAAAUUCAGCCGAGUUCGUACAAUACGAACAAUCGCGAACGACAAGAUCGACCUACGUAUUUACGUACGAAACAUCGAGAGUUUUUAACCUAACGCAAACUAAAAGGUGUUUAUCUCGUUUUCAUUGCAUCGAUAUUUAAUCAGAAAUAUGACCGAAUGAAUCUUCCACGAAAUAAAUUUCCGAUCGAAUCGACACGUCAAAGGAUAAGGAACCUUCGCUGUAAAGUGACACUAAAAGGCGUAGGUAUCGGGUUCCAGCGAGAAGAAUCGUGAGCGAGGAUAUCCGAAUGGAAUUAAUGGAAAAGUUGCAUGGUGAAACUGAAUCGACGAAACGUUGAUUAAAAAGAACGAUUUCAAUUUGGCAGAAGAAACUUCUUUCGUAGAAAUGGUAAGGAAAACGCGGAGGAACGAGCGCACGAGAAAGGAAGGAAACGCUGGCUGCGCGUAAAUCGCAAGAAAGAAGUCGAGGACCAGCGCCACGAGGUAAGGAAAAGUGUUACGGAUCGCGUCCCACGAUUUUCGACGACUCGAUCGAGGAGCUUCGUCGACGACCAGAUACACUGUCGAGCUGUGGCAAACAUCUGUGAAACAACAUCAUAAAUAUGUUCGUCAUACGUCCGUCGACUCGUGAAGACUUAAUCGUUAAAAUUUGCUAGUGAAAAGAACGAGACUUUGAUCCUCGAAGAAUCUUUGCUCCUUAAUUUCCUCUGUAUACGUUCGAAAAUAAGUCUCCUGUGAAAUAUGAUAACUAAACUAGACUUUCAACGAGUCGAUUUUGUAUUUAGCACUUUGUAUCUAUUGGAAAUUACGAUUUAGUCUAACAAGGGAAGAAUUUGUCGAAACUAUUUGCAAGAGCCAUAGAAACGUAGAUUAGUUACAUAUAGAGUCAUAGAAAGAAAUGGAAAAAGAAAACCAUCAUUGGUCGAAAGUUAACUAUCGUCGCGUGUUCCAAAGAUCGUAGAAAUUUGAAAAAAACGACCACUUAUCGUCAGGGUCCACAGUAUCGAUCCUUUUAACGAAAAAUCCAUCGAAAUCAAGAGUUACGCGUAUCUAAUUAUUAGUCGAGACGGAUGUUGCUAAUUAAUCAGAAAAACGCAAAAGUAUUUGGACACCGUUCGAUUUCCUAUUAACACGGAUAAUAUAUUCGUACAAAUUUUCUACAUUUAUCAAAUGUCCAACUGGGCAAAUUGUAAAGUACAAAUUAAAUAAUAAAACAAAAAUUUUCUCCGACAAAUGUUCCGAUAAUUUCCCGUAUCGCUGUAAUCCAUACAAAUGUUCGAUUCGUCGACAAAUCUGUGUUCCUCGUGUCUGUACGAUUGAACUUUCGAUCCCUGAAACUCCCUAAAACGUACAUCUCGUUGGUUGGGAAGGUUACUCGUCCAUUUGAGAUUCACGAAAAGGAUUUAACGUCUCGUCUAAUCCCGUUAAACGUGCCGUAUCUCGUACGGAUAUCGACCUAUCCGUUUUUCGCGAAGGAAAGAGAAUCGUCAAAGGAAGAGCCAGAGAAAGGAACAGGAGGGAAGGAGAGUCAAGAUCAGGAUUUCAAUCUCGAGAGAUCGUAUUGUCGGUCUGGAACGAGCGCUGCACUUGAAACUUGCAUUAUUUAGUGAAAGUUUCAGGCGUCGUUUGAAUAUCGUUGAAGGUUAAAUUUACGUGUUCUCGCGAACGAACGAGAAUUGAUUAAAGAUGAUCGGCCGAUGAAUUGGAUGAUCUUUACUCCGAGUUUCGCGUACCGUAUUUGAAACAGUGUCGUUUGUCGAUCGAACCAUUGUCGCGUAAGAAAGAAAAUUGCCGGGACAAGCGACGAGUUUCGAAUGUUUCCUUUGGCAGAAAUUUUGCAUAUCAGAAACGAGGAUAGGUAGUUUCCCUUUCUUUAAAUAACAAAUAUUUAGGCUUAACGUUAUACAGUGGAUUUAUUCCUAUGGUUUUAUCACGUUUCAAUAGUUAGGUUGAAGUAUCGAUUAAUUUAUAAAGCGUUACAGCAACGCGUCGCUCGAUGAAAGACAAAACGAACGUAAAAAUGUUCCAUUUGAAAACGUGUUUCUUUACUUUUAAAUAGUGAAAUUGUAAUCGUACAGGCCAUUGCGAAAUACAUCGAGUAUCGUACACUGAAUGGCGUAGAAAGGCAAAGAUGACACAAAGAAAAUGAUAAAACUUGGAUGUCCUUCGCAUUUAAAACGGUAGACAGAACAUUUGAACUAAGAAGAGCUUCCGUCCGUGUAGCCGUGUUACACGAACAAACAAAUCAUUUUGUGGUUUUCUGUGUUUCAGUUGCAGACCUUUAAGCCGGAAUAAAGAAUCACGGAAACGAACGUGAUCGGUCAUGCUCGGCGACUUCGUGUAAAAAUGACGAGGAAAUAGCAGUCUCGAGGUUUCAUGGACGGGUUUGUCCGAAGAAAAGCCGUCUCCUCUCCCGUCUACUCGUCUCUCUCAGGACUAUCGUCCAUCGUACGAUCGAUGGCCGUUUCUUUUUUCUCUCGUCGACCUAUCAUUACAAUGAUAAUGAAGUUGUUUUCCCAAUCCUCCGGGCUUUGACGGGCCAACGUAUUUAGGCGCGGUUCCACCGACGAAAAGCAGACAGACAGUGCCACACGAGCAACAUCGUAGUACGCUACUUGGAAACAGGAGUUGGAAGAAUUUGAGAAAUUCAGUGGAGGAAAAGAUAGGAAUAUACAUGGGCAGUAAUAUAAAGUAGAGAACGUUGGAACGUCGGGGUUACAAGUGAGAAACUGUCAUAGAAGCUCAGGCAGAACUUGCAGGAAUUUAUCAAACUACACGAAAGAGGAGAUAGAGACGUACAGCUGAAUUAACGCGAAACAGAGGACGUUGGAAUGUUAAGAUACGAACGAGCAGCUUUCAUAUAAGGAGCUUAGGCAAAACUUUGGAGAACUUGAGGAAUUAGAUCGAAGAGGACAAGGCAUAUGAAGAAGAUACUUGAAUGUUAAGAUCGCGAGUGAGAAACUUUCUGUUCGAAUAAAGGAUAAAGCAAUAUCGAGUGGAAAAUAGGAAUCAACGUAGAACGAGGAACAUCGAAGAAUACUAACGACGCGAACGAGGAAUGUUCACGGAAGAAAGUUGCAACGUUUAAGGGUGCUGCUUCGACGAUGAUAUAGUAUCCGACGUCAAAAGCUUCUUCCUCCAGUGUAAACUUGAUCGGAUAGACGCAGGACACGCUGGUUGAGGUGUUGUGGACGAUCAAAACAGCUGAAACGCGAAAAGAGAAAAAAUAAACGGUGAAAACUUAAAGAUGAGCAAUUCGAUGGCUCCGACGAUUAUUUUCUUCGUUAUCUUGUUAGUCUGUAAUUGCACGAUGGGUUACAAUAUCCUGCUGGCCACUAUGGGUGGCACGAAGUCGCACACCGUGCCAUUUGUGGCACUGGGUAGCAGUUUGAAGGCACGUGGACACAACGUGACCCUGUUGAGCGCGUUUCCGGGACCAGCUGCGAACAGCGGAUUGCAAGAGUUCGUUCCGCCUAUCUUCGAGGCUUAUGUCGGGAAUUACACGUCCGAAUGGGACUUGGUUGGCGCAAGAUUCCGAGAUGAAAUGCCUAUCUCUCCGUGGGACGCAAUGCGAUAUGCCUGGGAGGCAUGCGAGGCGCUUCUUCGCGACGAAAUCUCCGUAUCUUGGCUGAGAAGACCCGAAGGCAAUUCUCAGACGCGAUGGGACGUCGCGGUCGUCGACGGAGCCUUCCCCGAGUGCCUUCUAGGAGUUCUUCAUGGCGAGGAUGUGCCCACUAUCAUGCUGAAUACCGUGGCACUAUACAGCGGAUCCAUAAGUCGCCAAGGGAACCCAUCGCCAUGGUCCGUCACGCCUUACUUUGGCAAAUCCCUGACCCAGGACAUGAACUUCUUUCAAAGGGUUCUAAACGUAGCCUGUCUCGUCACCUUGAGAAUAAUGCACUGGAUUAUGGUCAGCGGGUACCUUCAAUCGGUUCUGAGAAAGUACCUAGGGAACCAGUUACCAGACGUGCGAGAUCUGACCACGGAGAUUCCUCUGACGUUGCAGAACAGUCAUUACAGCGUGGCGGAGUCGGUGCCGUAUUUAGCGAACGUGGUGAACGUCGCGUGUCUGCAUUGCAAGCCGGCGACAAAGCUUAGUCCCGACUUGGAGAGCUUCUUGCAACGCGGUUUCAUAUUCGUAUCUAUGGGUUCGUCGGUUCGAGCAUCAGGAAUGCCAGAGGCACUUCGUCAAAUUUUCGUGGCAGCCUUCGCCACGCUUCCGUACAACGUCGUGUGGAAAUGGGAAGGUAUGAAGAUCAAAGAUCUGCCGUCGAACGUCAGAACGGCGGCAUGGUGGCCUCAGCAAGAGCUGUUAGGCCAUCCGAAGCUACAAGCGUUCGUCUCACACGGAGGACUUUUGUCUUUGCACGAGGCUGCUUAUCACGCCGCCCCGACCCUCGUUUUGCCUGUUUUCUGCGAUCACGAUGGAAACGCGGCACAAGCUGAAAAACUGGGUUACGUUCUGGUGAUGGACUUGGCUAGGAUAUCCAUCGGAAGCUUUCGUGAUGGGAUUCUCAAGGUGGCUACCAUACACAACAAUUCGUACCGAAUAGCAGCGAAGAAGAGAAGCUCGUUGCUACGGGAGUUGCCAAUUAACCCCAGAAAACUGGCUACUUGGUGGGUAGAACACGUUGCCAAGUACAAAGGAGCUGAGCAUUUAAAAAGUUCUACAAGAUAUAUGAAUGUUAUUCACUAUUAUUCCAUCGAUGUGGCAAUGUUUUACGCGAUAGCGUUAUUACUAUCGGUAUACGGAUUGAAGAAAUUGUGUUGGAGAACUAUUUCCAAACAAAUUGUCAGGAAGAAAAUCGACUAGACUGUGAAUAGUGUCAAUUUCGUUUUCUGUGAAAUUAUCAUGUAUUUAUUUAAUAUGUUUAGUACCUUUUAAUACCGUUUAUGGAUAUUUUAGCGAUUUUUGAUAUUGCCUAUAUAAAUAUCUUACGAUUAGAUUUAAAAUAUUUUCUUAAAAAUCUAAACAUUUCUAUCCUCUUUACUGUGCUUGAAUUAAUAUGUAAUAUAGUAAAAUAAGCUCUAUUUAGAUGAAAGAAGAAAUAAUUAAAAGUAAAAAAUAGUGAUUAUUCAGAAAAUGAUAAUAUCGACGUAUAACAGGUUUCUACGUUAACUACUAUCGAUGUAGCGGACCGAAUGUAUCUUUGAAAUCUCACGGAAUGAUGCAAUGUAGUUUACAUUGCACAUGCAAUUUGCACAUUGCAAUUUGCAAAGUCUAUGGUUUAAACUAGAAGCGCGAAAAUAUAUUGAAACAAUCUUUUUGAGACUAUAUGCAAUUCAUAAAACUAUAAACAUCCGGUUGUUCGGCAAUUGAAUAAAAGCGAACUUGUUUACAAACAUUCGAAUCAAAAGCUAUUCUGACAUGUUAUAUGUAUAUUGCCUGCAUAACCACUCUCCGAUGUAAAUAAGAGAAACCAGAUAUAUAUCAUGAACAUUGAUAUAAAUCACUUCUGACAAGAUGUUUUUGCUUAUGCAACCUUCAACAAGAUAAAUAAAAAAUAGUACUCGCUUCAAAACAAAGACUCAACGAUAAGAUGUCUUUUUUACGUAGAUAUCUACUCUUAUGCAACCUUCAACGGGAUAAAUAAAAAACAGUAUUCGUUGCUUCGGAACAAA